AUGAGAGGCGGCACCUGGAGGCGGAGAUGGGGCGGAAAACAGGCGGAGCGGCAGCUAGAGGAGGCGGAGCUGCCAGGUCCGGGGUACCGGUUCCUUCCUCGCAUGGUACAGGGAUUCCUGUCCCAUACUGAGCUGCUCAACUCCGGCACCGCCGUCAUGGGACAGGCGCUGCUGCUCAUUUGCUGCCUUGUCAUUACAGCCUGUCCCUGGGAUGUGUCGGUGGCGGGGGCCGCUUACCGGCACCAUCACCAGCAGCGGGAGGACCGGGGCGAGGACGCUGGGGUCCGGCCGCUGCCCCCGACCCGGGAGCCCGCGGACUGGAGACGCCGAGAGCAGGAACCCGGAGCCCGGGAGGACGGUGGUUCCGCUCACUGCCGACUCGGGCGGAGAGCUCCAGGUGAUGGAGUCAGACCGUCACUCGCUGGCCCUGAGAUUAUCUUGGUGCCUGAGGGAGUUGCAGCAAACACAGCCAUUGCUCUGGUCGAGGCUGGGAGCCGGCGCAAGUGCCAGCUUGACGUCCAGGGUGAUUUUAAGCUUGUGGAAACUUACCAGGGGAACUACCUGAUUGUGACCCAGGCCAGCCUGGACCGGGAGAAGAGGGCUGAGUAUCACCUGAGGCUGGUCACCCUGAAGGACGGGAGUGUAGUCUUCACCUCGCCUAUCCACAUCACCGUAAAGGUCAUCGACAUGAACGAUAACGCCCCAGUGUUUGGAGAGAGUGCCUACCAAGUGUCCAUUCUCGAGAAUGAAGCUCCCAACACAACAAUCCUGACUGUGAGGGCCUCUGACAGGGACCUGGGUGCCAAUGGCCAAAUCACUUACUCCAUUCUGGACUCUUCCUCCUCGGGGGUUCCCGUCUCCUCUUUGAUUGGCAUUCACCCCAAACUGGGCACCGUUUACACCCGGGUGUCGUUUGAUUAUGAGCAAGUGAGCGCCGUGGACUUUGUGGUGGAGGCCAGAGACAAUGGUGACCCGCCCACCAGGUCCAUGGUGCCGGUCAGGCUGGACAUCGGGGACCUAAACGACAACCGGCCGGUCUUCACCUCCCCGGAGUCACCAGGGAUCACCGUCCCGGUCGGACCGGCAAUGGCAGCGGCUGGGGAGUGCGAGCCAGGGACCGUUGGAACCCCGAGUAGACCGCCAUCGCAGCGCAGCGUCUACGCGGUGACCACGGUAAAGGCAGAGGAUGCCGACUCGUCUGCAAACGGUGAGGUGCUCUACGAACUGCUGGAAGGAGUGGGAGUCUUCGACAUUGACAGCAGCACUGGGGAGAUCCGCGCUACCGUCUGCAGUCCCGACAAGCUGCUGUCUGGAGACUGGGCCAUCACGGUGCGGGCUUGGGAUUGCGGGAACCCGCCCCUCUCCUCCGAGGCUGCCUUCACCCUGUCUUUUGUCCCCGCCAGUGACCCAACGCUCGCAGGCCAGCAGCUGGGCUCUCCGACUGUCACGGUGCUGUCUCUUGGGGCGCUGGGGCUCACCGUGUUGCUGCUGUCUGUCCUGCUUGCUGUCCGGGCCCGGUGCGCGGCCGAGAAGCGGGACUCCCGAGCCUACAACUGCCGCCAAGCCGAGACCGCCUACCGGCUGCAACCGAAGAGGCCCCCCCGGCAGAUCCAGAAGGCAGACAUCACCCUCCUCCACCCGGGUGGGCGGAACAGACAAAGGGCUGCCGCCGGGCCACCUUCUUCCCCACCUCCCCCACCGCCCCAGCAAAUCCCGGAGGAGAGACCGGAGCCGGAGAAAGCUUAUCCCACCCUGCGGAGGGAGCGGGACUCCCAGCACCGUCAGCUGCUAAGGGAGCUGGUUCGGUUGUCCAUGGCUGGCUUCUCGGAUUGCACCCUGGAGCUCACAUCUGUCUCACCACAUGUUCAGCAAAUCUCCCAGCUGCUCUCCUUAUUACACCAAGGACAGUUCCAAGCUAAGCCAAAUUUUCGAGGAAAUAAAUAUUUGAAGAACUACAGGUAUGUUCUCCUAUAA